AUGCUGAACAAGAAGAGAAGGCAUUCUGGUGAUGAAAGUCCACGGGAAGAAGAUGCCUCUAUACAAAAAGCUGUCAGUCGCGCUGACCGAGGACACUUAUCAACAAGACCGUCAGAGCCUGGAACUCUUGCAGACGUCUACUACCGCAAUCUGUUCGCUAGCAAACCAGACUUUGCUUCUCUGGGUAAAGAAGACUCAGAAUUCGGGGCGCUGCUCAAGAAGCAUAGUCUAGACUUUAACGACCCUAUCGCAGUAAUGCAACUUACCAAGACGUUACUAAAAUUGAAGUUUGGCCUGGCUAUUGAACUUCCAGACGACCGGCUUUGUCCGCCAGUUGUCAACCGGCACAAUUACAUUCUUUGGCUCAAGGGUCUCAUGGAUAGCACUUCCUACGAUAACCCGGAUCGCAAAGUUCUGGGUCUUGACAUCGGGACUGGGGCAUCAUGUAUUUAUCCUCUCCUAGGCUGCACCCAACGACGAUGGUCCUUUUUCGCAACAGACAUUGACGAUAAGAGUCUUUCCUAUGCUAAGCGAAACGUUGAAUUAAACAACCUUCAGAACCGCAUCUCCAUUGUGUCCCGCCAGCCUUCCGACAAGCUGAUUCCAUUAGAAGAACUCGGCGUGCAGGAAUUAGGUUUCGUCAUGACGAAUCCCCCGUUUUACACUUCAGAAGAAGACAUGCGGAAUUCGGCAGAGCUGAAAGAUCGCCCAGCCAAGGCGGUAUGUACUGGUGCGCCGAAUGAGAUGGUCACUGAGGGCGGAGAAGUCGCAUUUGUUGGCCGCAUUCUCGAGGAGUCUCUGGAAUUACGGGAGAGGGUGCAGUGGUACACUGCCAUGUUUGGCAAGCAUUCUAGCAUGGAAGAGUUUGUGGGCAUGCUCCGCAAGCAUAAUAUUGAGAACUACGCCGUGACGGAGUUGGUGCAGGGAACGACGAGGCGGUGGGCUCUAGGCUGGAGUUUUGGCGGCAUGCGGCCUGCCGAGGACAUUGCGAGAGGGUUGGAGGCAGCGAAGUGGAAGAAACUUCUUCCCCCGAUCGUCGAGUCACGAGUUGUCGAUUUUCCAUUGGCAGACGGGGUAGGGAAGUUGGGAGACAAGGUUCAAGAGCUAUUGUCCUCACUAGAGCUUAUGUCCUGGGACUGGGACCGCGAAAAGCUUUCUGGGGUGGGCAGGGCGAGAGAAGAUGUUUGGAGCCGUGCUUGGAGAAGAAAGAAGAUGCGCGAAGCGCGUGAGGGCAAACCGGCGGCCGCCGUGUCAACGGAAGACCGAUGCAAUUUCGGGUUCGAGAUUUCCCUCAAGGUUGGGCGGGAGCGAGUAGUCGUUACUUGUCGGUGGAGAGAAGGACACGCUGCGUCAAUCUAUGAGAGUUUCUGCGGCUUUCUCAAAACCAGACUCUCGGGGACGCAGACCUUGUCGGGCAAAUGA